AUGGGAGAUGUUAAGGUGAUUGGAGCCUCUCUAAGUCUUUUUUGCUGCAGAAUUGAAUGGGCUCUGAAGCACAAAGGGAUAGCAUAUGAGUACAUUGAAGAAGAUUUGAGAAACAAGAGUCCCCUGCUCCUUCAGUACAAUCCCGUCCAUAAGAAAAUCCCAGUGCUUGUGCAUGGUGAAAAACCGAUUGCGGAGUCCCUCAUCAUCCUUGAGUACAUAGAUGAAACAUGGACAGAGAACCCUAUGUUGCCAGAAGAUCCUUUUGAAAAAGCAAUGGCGCGAUUUUGGGCAAAGUAUGUUGAUGAGAAGUGUGUGAUCAGUGCAUGGACUGCUAGCCGUACAAAGGGGCAUGAACAAGAGACAGCAUUGGAGUCAGCACAAGAAUCACUCCAACUUCUGAAUAAGCUCAUUGAAGGCAAGAAAUUUUUUGGAGGAGAAACCAUGGGCUUCCUAGACUUUGCAGUGGGCUCAUUACCUAACUGGCUCAAAUUCUUAGAAGAAUUUCAAGGCAUAAAGCUAUUUGAUACAAAGGAGUUGCCAUUUCUUCACGAAUGGGCACAGAGAUUCACUGAAAUUCCAAUCAUCAAAGAAAGUAUACCAAAGAUAGAAGAUCUCCUCAAUUACAGCAGGGCUCAGCACAAAGCCAAAUAA